AUGAGUAUUUUCAAGUGGUUUAAUAAAGUAUUUGGUAUCGACGAUCCAAAAUCUAGGUAAAUAAUUCAAGCAUUUUUCUAUUUAAAAUAUAAAAGUUUUUUUUUUUCAGUAAUGAUUUGCCAUCUGAAUUCCGAUUACCUACUGAAAACACAAAUAUUGAUGUCAGAAAUCAUAAUUUUGGACCUAAUGAUAUUAAUGGUAAAUUUUUCUUCUGUUUAAAUUAUCAUUAAAUUAAUCCUGCGUGUAUUGAAUACACUUUUAAUCAGACAGAAUAUACUUGAAUGCAUUUUAAUGAUCUACUAAAUAUUAAUUAUAUAACAACAAAAAAAACUUCUACUCUCCAUAUUUCAGUAUGAAAUAUUUUAAAUUUUCAAAAUAAUUAAUUUACCUACCAACAAAUAAUUCUUAAGGAACCAAUAUUUAUUUAUAAUUUUUUGAACAAGCAUAUUGUGUGUCCUAAUCUACUGUCUGAAAUUGUUUUUUUAUAUCCUGUAGUAAAACAAAAAACUUACAUUUAUUCACAACACCACAAUAUAAAGUCUACAGAGAGAAUAGUACAAUCUUUUUUCAAGAGCUUUUAUUUUCUGCCCGAUAAAAUAUUUACAGAAUUACAUUUUUUUUCUUCUUAUAACACAUUCAAAUUUAAAGUUUUAGAACUAACAAAAUAACUAUUUUAAUUUGUAAUAAAAACAUCUUAUAUUUUUCUUUUUAUUUAGUACAUAAUCAAUUAAUUAUAUUGUGUUUUAAUUAAUCAACUCUUAUUUAUUUUUACACUUGUAAGUUUUUCUUCGGCACUAUUUAUUGUAUUGACACUAUAAUUUUAAGAAGAGAUUACUACAUUAUUUUAGGUAUUAUUAAAUUAACAACUUUUAAUUCUAUAAAUUACUAUAACAGAAUUUUUUCUUAUUUGUAAUAUACUUAAAAAAGUAUUUGUAGAAUACGGUUAAUAAUCACAUAUAAUAAAAUGUAUAGAUUCAUUUAUUGAUGAAAUGACCAAUGAUUUUGAUGAGCAACUAAAAAACGUUAUGGUUGAUCUUGGAGGAAUGCUUGGAGAAAUGUUAAGAGGUUUUCAAAUUCCAGAUGACGAUAGUACCUUUGAAGAUAAUGUAAACUUUAUUGAAAACAGUAAAUUUUUAUGGAUUUCUGUCAAAAAUAUUUUAAUAUAACAAUAUUUAUAUAUUUGUUAAUUGUAUUUAAUUUAGGAAAUUUUAAUCAAUUAUCAAAUAAAGAAGAAUAUUAUAAUGGUGUACCGAAAAAAAAUUUCAUAGCAAGAAAUUAUUUUCUCUCUCCUAGGUAACUAAAUACUCUAAUUAAAAUUUUUGGUUUAUUCUUAAUUUGUUUUAAUAAUUUUAAAUAUCAUCAGUUUGGUUGAACCAGUGGCUAGUGAGACAAUAUCACCAAGAUUAUCACCAAAUGUUAGACAGGUCUGGUAUACAGUAUACAAUUAUUUAGUUAAUUAAGAAACUAUAAUUGAUUUAUAUUGAAUUAUGUUAUUUAAUUUACAGAAUAAUAGUAAAUCGUAUAGUCGUAUUUUUGGAAAUUGGAAUGGCAAAAUGAUUGAAAAAGAAACUACCACUAGACAAUUAUUUGAUGGAAUUACUGAACAUGUAACUGUUUUGAAAGACGGAAAUCAAAAAUGUAUAACAAUAGUAACUGAAAACUCGAGAACUGGAGAAAAAAAUUGCAAUAAACAAUUGGUUAACUUGGAUGAAAGUAAUUACUAUUUUAUUUAAUAUUUAACUUCUACACUAAGUUAGGUAUAUAUAAUUGAGAAAUUAUUAGUAAAGAAAAAAAAAACAGAAAAAUAUUUAAGAAUUAAUUUAUAUUUAUUAAUAAUAUAUACACAUUUUUUUUUUUAGGUCAGUUGGUUGAAUUCGAAAAUCGAUUUUCUAAAUUGAUGUGGUGA